CCUGCUCCGUCAUCCACUGUAUAUUGUUCUGAUAUAAGCCUGCUGCAGGACAGAUACAGUCUGAACGCUGGAUCCGACGCCGACUCGGACCCCGAGGGGGUCAUGACCCCAGAGCGCGCCGUCCAGCUGUGGAGCGGGCAGCCCCUGAAGUCCCGCCGCAGCUCUUGCCUGUCCAGCCCCAACCACUCGGUUCUCACUCUCACCGACUCUGAAAACGAGCACAAGACUGAUGAAGAAUCAGCAUACUUUGAUGACGAGGAUGAAGAUCUGUUUGGUGAUUACUAUUUCAGUGCGUCCAGUCAUCACAGUCAGACCUCCCUGCGACCUCCUCUGCCUCCCCCGCACAACCACCACCAGUCAUCGGCUAAUUCCCUCAAUCGCAGCAACCAGGCCAGCCGGCGGAACCCGCAGAGCCACGCUCCUACUGCCGCACCACCAGAUGGACCCUCCACCCCUGAAUCCGUCCAGCUCCAGGACAGUUGGGCUCUUAACAGCAGUGUCCCGCUGGAGACACGACACUUUCUUUUCAAGACGCCGUCUGGGAGCACUCCUCUGUUCAGCAGCUCUUCACCAGGUUAUCCCUUGACUGGUGGUACCGUCUACUCCCCACCACCCCGGCUCUUACCCAGAAACACAUUCUCCAGGAGCUCCUUCAAGCUGAAGAAGCCCUCCAAGUACUGCAGCUGGAAAUGCACUGCUGUGUCUGCGAUCGCAGCCGCUGUGCUGCUGGCCAUCCUGCUGUCUUAUGUCAUAGCUCUUAAUCUGCUUGGCUUGAAUUGGCGACUGAAGCCUACUGAAGGGCAUCUAGUGAACACUGGCCUCAGCAUGAGUAUUCCUGGCAUUGACGACGUGGCAACAGUGCCCUCCGGAGGCAGAGGGCCGUGGGUGUUGAAGAACAGCAGUAUAAACAGCGGGGAGCUGGAGCUGGGUCAGCGUGUCAGUCAGGAUGUUCCUCCAGGCGUCUUCUGGAGGUCUCUGCUUCACCUGCGCCAGCCACACUUUCUCAAGUUCAACAUCUCCCUGGGCAAGGAUGCGCUGUUUGGGGUUUACAUGCGGAAAGGCCUGCCUCCUUCACAUGCUCAGUAUGACUACAUGGAAAGGCUGGAUGGAAAAGAGAAGUGGAGCGUUAUCGAGUCUCCUCGCGAGAGGCGCAGUAUUCAGACCGUUGUCCAGAACGAGGCAAUCUUUGUGCAGUAUCUGGACCCCGGCACCUGGCACCUGGCCUUCUACAACGACGGCAAAGAGAAAGAACCCGUCUCAUUCAGCACUGUGGCUCUAGAGGUGUGUUCAGCAGAUUGUGGGAGCCAUGGCGUGUGUGUCGGGGGCGUUUGCCACUGUGAGGAGGGCUGGACAGGCACAAGCUGUGACCAGAGACUGUGUAACCCACAGUGUGUGAAACAUGGGACCUGCAGGGAUGGCAAGUGCCAAUGUGAACAGGGCUGGAACGGAGAACACUGCACCAUCGAUGGCUGUCCGGGGCUGUGCAAUGGGAAUGGGCAAUGCAUCAUGGGUCAGAACAGCUGGCACUGUGAGUGCCACAAUGGCUGGAGAGGGCCAGGCUGCAGUGUUGCCAUGGAGACCUCCUGCAAUGACAACAAGGACAAUGAAGGAGAUGGUCUGGUUGACUGCAUGGAUCCAGACUGCUGCACACAGAGCCCUUGUGUGACCAAUCCUCUGUGCCGUGGAUCACGUGACCCACUUCAGGUUAUUCAACAGAGCCAAUCAGAGGUCCAAAAAGUCCCUUCCUUUUAUGACAGAAUCAAGAUGCUUGUGGGUAAAGACAGCACUCACAUCAUCCCAGGAGCCAACCCAUUUAAUGCCAGCCUGGCAUCUCUGAUUCGAGGUCAGGUUUUGACCUCAGAUGGCACUCCUUUGGUGGGUGUCAACGUGACCUUUGUGAAGUACCCUCACUAUGGUCACACCAUGACCCGCCAGGAUGGCACUUUUGAUCUAGUGGCCAACGGCGGAGGCUCUCUGACUCUGCGGUUAGAACGGGCUCCAUUUCUGAGUCAGGAACGAACAGUGUGGCUACCCUGGAAUCGCUUCUAUGCCAUGGACACUGUGGUGCUACAAACGGAGGAGAAAACCACAGCCAGAUGUGACCUGAGCGGUUUUGUCAGGCCUGAUCCUGUGGUUCUUCCCUCCCCACUGUCCUCCUUCUUCAGCUCCAACCCUUCAGAGAGACACAUCCUCCCUGAGAGCCAGGUACUUCACGAGCAGGUGGAGAUUCCCGGCACCAGUCUUAAACUUUGCUAUUUGAGCUCCAGGACCUCAGGCUACCUCUCACUGCUCAAGGUGAUCAUGACCCCAGCUCUAGUGCCUCUUAGCCUGGCCAAAGUGCACCUGAUGGUGGCCGUGGAGGGUCAUCUCCUUCAGAAAUGGUUCCAUGCAUCUCCUAACCUGGCUUACACUUAUAUCUGGGACAAGACUGACGCCUACAGGCAGAGGGUCCAAGGCCUGACCGAGGCUUUGGUGUCUGUGGGGUACGAGUAUGAGACUUGUCCCAGUCAGAUCCUGUGGGAGAAGAGGACAGCUGUGCUACAGGGAUACGAGCUCAACCCCUCAAACUUGGGCGGCUGGUCUCUAGACAAACACCACAUGCUGAACGUCCGCAGCGGCAUCCUUCAUAAGGGCAGCGGUGAGAAUAUCUUCCUCUCCCAGCAGCAGCCGCCCAUCAUUAACAGUAUUAUGGGUAACGGCCGAAGACGCAGCAUCUCGUGCCCAAGCUGCAGUGGGAUGGCUGAGGGCAACAAGCUGCUGGCGCCGAUGGCCGUAGCCUGUGACGGAGAGGGUAACCUGUAUGUGGGUGACCUUAACUUUGUGCGGAGGGUCUAUCCGUCCCUCAAUACCACAGCUGUACUGGAGCUCAGAAAUAAAGAUUUGAGACACAGCAACAGUCCAAGCCAUAGGUACUACUUGGCUGUGGAUCCGGUGUCGGGUUCUUUGUUUCUGUCAGACACCAACUCCCGGCAGAUCUACCGCAUUCGCUCUCUGAAUGGGGCACGACCGCUGCUGGAUAACGCUCAGGUGGUGGCGGGGACGGGAGAGCAGUGCGUCCCGUUCGAUGAGGCUCGCUGCGGUGAUGGCGGCAAGGCAAUGGAAGCCACACUAAUGAGCCCAAGAGGUGUUGCAUUGGAUAAGAACGGCCUGAUGUACUUUGUGGAUGCUACCAUGAUACGAAAAGUGGAUCAGAAUGGCAUUAUCUCCACUCUGAUAAAGACCAAUGACCUGACUGCAGUCAGGCCCCUCAGCUGUGACUCCAGCAUGGAUGUCAGCCAGGUACGUCUGGAGUGGCCUACAGACCUGGCCAUCAACCCUAUGGACAACUCUCUGUAUGUGCUGGAGAAUAACGUCAUCCUGCGUAUCUCUGAGAACCACCAGGUCAGCAUUAUUGCAGGGCGGCCCAUGCACUGUCAGGUCCCUGGCAUUGAUUACUCGCUCAGCAAACUAGCCAUCCAUUCUGCCUUGGAGAGCGCCACAGCCAUCGCCAUCUCCCACACAGGUGUGCUCUAUAUUGCCGAAACCGACGAGAAGCGCAUCAACCGCAUACGGCAAGUUAGCACCAGCGGCGAGAUCUCCCUGCUUGCUGGCGCUGCCUCCGAAUGCGACUGCAAGAAUGACGUCAACUGCAACUGUUUCUCAGGAGAUGAGGGCUACGCUGCGGACGCCAGCCUCAAUUGUCCUGCUUCGCUGGCUGUGUCACCAGAUGGUACUCUGUACAUCGCUGACCUGAACAAUAUCCGUGUACGUUCGGUCCGCAGUAACCGCCCUAACGCCACAGCAAGUGGACAGUAUGAAGUGGGUUCAUCUAUGGAACAGGAGCUAUAUGUGUUUGGUCCAGACGGUCUUCAUAGGCAAACAGUUAGCCUCAUUACAGGCUUGGCCCUGUAUAACUUUACCUACGGGCUGGAUGGAGAGUUGGCAGCAGUUACCGAUGCCUCUAACAAUACACUUCGGGUGAGGAGGGAGGCGUCUGGCUCUAUCAGGCUUGUGCUGUUGCCAGAGAACCAGGUGGUAACGCUGGGAAUGGACCCAGCCGGCAGCCUACGUUCAGUGUCCGCCCUCAGCCAGGAAGUGGCACAGCUCAGUUAUUACACUAACACAGAACUUUUAGCCUCCAAGUCAGAUGAGACCGGAUGGACAAACUUUUACAACUAUGACAGUGAAGGUCGUCUAACCAACGUCACAUAUCCCACUGGUGUGGUGACCAGUCUGCAUCGUGAGAUGGAGGAGACCAUCAAUAUUGACAUGGAGAGCUCAAACAGAGAUGAUGAUGUCACGGUCAUCACUAAUCUCUCGUCCGUUGAGGCGUCCUACUCUGUGGUUCAAGACCAAGUGAGGAAUAGCUAUCAGUUGUACCACAACGGCACACUGCGAGUAUCCUAUGCUAAUGGAAUGGGCAUCAGCUUUCACACUGAACCGCACAUCAUUGCAGGAUCGGUGAGCCCGACCAUCGGGAGACGCAACAUCACUCUACCCACUGACAGCGGCCUCAACUCUAUCGAAUGGCGCAUGAGAAAAGAGCUGACCAAGGGCAAGGUCACAGUGUUUGGCAGGAAGUUGCGUGUCCACAGCAGAAACCUUCUGUCCAUUGACUAUGACCGCAACACCAGAACAGAGAAGAUCUACGAUGACCACCGCAAGUUCACUCUGCGCAUCAUCUAUGACGCCCAGGGCCGACCGGCCACCUGGCUCCCCAGCAGCAGCUUAGCCCUAGUCAAUGUGUCUUAUUCACCCACCAGCCGGUUGGUGGGCUUGCAGAGGGGCAGCAUGAGCGAGAAAAGCGAGUUUGACACAUUUGGACGGAUCCUGUCCCGAACCUUUGUUGAUGGGAAAGUUUGGAGCUUCAGCUACAUUGACAAAUCCAUGGUGUUGCUGCUCCAGCAGAGUCAGAAACAGUACGUCUUUGAUUUUGACACAGCGGGCCGGCUCACGGCGGUCACUAUGCCGAGCAUGGCCAGACACACUAUGGCCACCCACGUGUCUGUUGGUUACAUUCGCAACACCUACAACCCCCCUGAGAGCAAUGCCACCAUUAUCCACGACUUCAGCGAGGAUGGGCGUCCACGCGCUACAUUCUACCUCGGAACGGGCCGGCGUGUGCUCUACAAGUACGGGAAGCUCGGAAAGCUCUCGGAGGUGCUGUAUGACGCCACUGCCGUCACCUUUGGUUAUGAUGAAGCGACUGGAGUGCUUAAAAUGGUCAACUUACAGAGUGGAGGCUUCUCUUGCACCAUUCGCUAUCGCAAACUCGGCCCCCUAGUGGACAAACAGAUGUACCGCUUCUCAGAAGAAGGAAUGGUUAAUGCUCGUUUUGACUACACCUAUCAUGACAACAGCUUCAGGGUGGCCAGCAUAAAGCCAGUAAUAGGGGAAACCCCACUUCCUGUGGACCUGUACCGCUACGAUGAGAUUUCCGGUAAGGUCGAACACUUUGGCAAGUUUGGCAUCAUAUACUACGAUAUCAACCAAAUCAUUACCACGGCAGUGAUGACGCUCAGUAAGCAUUUUGACGCACAUGGUCGCAUCAAGGAAGUGCAGUACGAGAUCUUCCGCUCGUUGAUGUAUUGGAUGACGGUGCAGUAUGACAGUAUGGGUCGCGUAAUUAAACGUGAACUAAAGAUCGGUCCAUAUGCCAAUACCACACAGUACCGCUACGAAUAUGAUGGUGACGGCCAGCUUGUUGGUGUCAAGGUUGAUGACUGGUCUACUUGGCGCUACAGCUACGACCUAAAUGGCAAUCUCCAUUUGCUGAACCCCGGUAACAGCGCCCGUCUGCUGCCACUACGCUACGAUCUUCGAGACCGAAUCACGCGGCUCGGCGAUAUGCAGUAUCAGCUCGAUGAGGAUGGUAUGCUUGCACAGAGGGGCUCGGACAUCUUUGAGUACAAUUCCAAAGGUCUUCUCGAGCGAGCCUACAGCCGCAUAGCAGGAGGUUGGAGCGUCCGCUACCGCUACGAUGGCUUGGGUCGCCGUGUCUCCCGUAGAACUAACGAAGGCGAGCAUCAGCAGUACUUCUACGCUGACUUGAACUACCCCACUCGGGUCACCCAUGUUUACAACCACUCGAGAGCUGAAAUCGCCUCCUUCUACUAUGACCUGCAGGGUCAUCUAUUUGCUAUGGAGGUCAGUGGUGGGGAGGAAUACUACAUCGCCUCUGACAACGUAGGCACUCCGCUGGCCAUCUUCAGCAGCAAUGGGCAGAUGGUCAAGCAGAUGCAGUACACGGCGUACGGAGAGAUCUACCAUGAUUCCAACCUGGAUUUCCAGCUCAUAUUGGGCUUUCAUGGAGGGCUUUAUGAUCCUCUCACAAAGCUGGUGCACUUCGCCCAGAGAGACUACGACGUGCUGGCAGGAAGAUGGAUCGCACCUGACCAUACACUGUGGCCGAAGAUAUGCAAAGAACCAGCUCCGUUCAACCUGUAUAUGUUUAAGAACAAUAAUCCACUCAGCGAUAUGAUUGAUGUGAAAAACUAUGUGACAGAUGUGAAGAGUUGGCUGGUUAUGUUUGGCUUCCAGCUCAGCAACAUCAUUCCAGGGUUUCCAAGACACUCGCUUUAUUUUGUUGACCCUCCUUAUGAGAUACUUGCCAGUCAGGACUCUGAUAAUGUUCAGCUGUUCACUGGAGUUCAGCAUUCAGUGGACAGACACAACCAGGCCUUCAUGGUUCUGGAGGGGAGGCGGCUCAACAAACAGCGGCGCACCAAGCGCGACAAGCCCGGUUACUGGUUUGGCACCAGCACACCCAUCGUAGGCAAAGGCAUGAUGAUCGCUAUCAAAGAUGGUCACGUAUUAACAGACCUGUCCAGCUCAGCUAGCGAAGACAGUCGCAAAAUAUCACAGAUCCUCAGCAACGCCAUCUACCUGGACGGCACGCAUUACACCAUAGAUGGACGAGACUGCCACUUCUUCGUGAAGCUUGGACUGGCUGACAGCGACCUGUUGGCCCUGGGUCUCAGCAGCAGCCAUAAGACGCUGGAGAGCGGGAUCAACGUGACGGUCAGCGGGCGAUCCCGCCGGGGCGUCACUUUAGAAAUCCACUCCGCCAAACUCACAUACAGCGUCCGGUAUGGGCUGUCAGCAGAGGUUCUGGAAAAGGAGCGGAGCCGCCUGCUGGAACAAGCCCACCAGAGGGCGCUGUCUGGAGCCUGGGCCAGGGAGCAACAGCAAGUGCGCGAAGGCAGGGAAGGAGGACGCGUGUGGGCUGAAAAUGAGAAGCAACAACUGUUAGCCAUGGGGAAGGUCGCGGGUUACGAGGGCUACUACGUGCUCCCAGUAGAGCAGUACCCUGAACUGGCGGACAGCAGCGCUAACAUCCAGUUCCUCAAACAGAACGAGAUGGGCAGGAGGUAACAGAGUUUAGCCGUCUCUGAUGCCACACCAUCUCCUACGGAGAGAAACAACAGAGCGCUGCAGAGACGUUUCCAAAAAAUGGAGAACCAACAGCCAGCAGCAAGAACACUAUGACCCAAUACUGGAAAAAAAGCACUUGUGAACAAUGAUUUUGUAGUUACCUUUUGACUUUAUAGAAAGUGGUAAAUAUUUUUUAGUCAUUUUGGACUGGCUGUGAGUGGCGGACAUUCAUGUGAUGGUAGUGUGAUGGCUCACUGCUUUGGUUUUUCAUGACUGCAUAUCAAACCAUAACAGAAAAAAACAAUCAGUUCACCGCACUCUUAUGCCGCAGUGCUCAAUAAAACAGCAUCACUUGCUCCCAUACGUGUUUGUGAAACUACACUGGAACAUACUCAAAAGGAACGUCAGCGUCUCGACACUUUCAGUCUCGUUCCUCAUGAAUUUUCUCGGUAUACGUCGAUGCAGUGUUCGGUAUUAAGAUUUUAAUCGUGCCGUGUGAGGCUGAGCUUUCGGAUUGGCCUUCGUUAGAUGUGUUAAUCAUCAGCUCACACCGUCUGUCCUCUUCUGUUCGCAAUAUAUGACAAUCACAGGGGCUGAUACAUUGAUCAAAAAACUGUACAUGAGCCAACCGUUUUGUAUAAUAUGUAAGAGAUUAUUGAUUGUCUGAUUUUUUAUUAUUUUAUUAAUUUAAAUUCAACUUGGCAAGUGAAAACAGAUGAAAGCGUAAUAUAUAUAGUUUUUUUUUUUAAGUCUGUGAAACUGUGAAACAUAUUACACAUGUAAAAUAUUCUCAUUGACUCGACAGUUUGGGUGUAUCAAAUCAAGAACAUUUCUUCGAGGAAGUGGCUUCAUCACUGCGUUGUGUGAAAAUCCAUUGCAAGACUCAUCGCAGAGGUCGAUUUCUUUGAAUAUUACGAAAGCUAAAGCAGCCGUUGGCAAUUUUUUUUGGUGUAGAAUCUCUUCUGAAUGUGGUAAGUCAGUGUGGAUAUGAGCUUUAACUUGCAAAGUCACACUCGAGACACCUGUGGAAGGAGGUUCUUUGGAAAUUCUAUUAAAAUAAAACAU